GGCUCUCAGCUCACGCGAUCAGUGAAUCAGUCUAAUUUGACCAACUUCCGAGGUCAGUGCACGUCCGUGUUUAUGUGAGCCUUCAUAAGCUGGGGCGCACAAAUAUAAGUGGAUGUAAUACGAGACUGACUGGUACAUUUUAACGUAAAAAUUUAGUUUGGUGUAUGGCAGUAAAACGAUGUAUGCCAUUGUUGAAUUCGUGGUUGGCGAGAAGCGAGAAUGUGCAUUAGUGCCAGUUUUGUGGCUGGUGGAUAAUAAUACCAUCUGCUACUGGCCACGCACGAAGAAUGAGGAGCAUUUCCUAAAAUUAGUCAAAUCAAAGGCAAUAUAUCAGAAAACAUGGCCCAAGUAUCCUGUUCACAACGUUCUGCAUACUGGAGAAAGCUUCGACGCACUACAAAAGACGAUGACGCACAUCAUAGAACACGGUACAUCCGAGGAAGAUGGCACAGUUUACACCAUUAGUAAGAAAUCCACAGGGCAUUGUUAUGAAAGAGAGUCGCAGAGCAAUGAUGAAGAUGAAGAGGGCAAUGAUGAAGCUGUCGUACGUGAAAAUAUAUCCAAAAAGCGUAAACAUACAAAGAAAUCCAAGAAGAGCAAAAAAAAGAAGGUAAAGCGUCAACGUGAGACGUCUUCAGAUACUGCAGAUGAUACAUCAUCAGUUGAUGAAAAUUCUCCACCAACACACCAUCCCACUUCGAACCCACGACAGAAUUUCAACAUAUCCAAUGCAUCACCUGUUAUCGUUUCUGUAAAUGAGACAGCUCGCCCUUCAGCCCACAGUUUGACAAGGUCGGUAACUGAAUAUGACCUAUCAACGUCACAAACUUUAGCCUCAAUCUCGAAUUUGGUAGCUGAAGCUGCAACUGUAGUUGCAUCCCGAAAUCCACUGAGGCCCAUUGACGAGAAAGCUCUACAAUAUUUGGAACGUAUAAAAUCUUGUGUAGACCAGAAUCAACUCAUGCUGAGGAAAAUCAUAUCGAGGCAGCAAGCAACUAACGUGGACAGCGUACAAAGGCCAGAGGUAUUUCCAACGCUUCCAAUUGAAACAAUGGAAGAAUUUGCGAACCUCGAAGAACUUCUCAAAUCGAAUGAGCAUCGAAUAUACCUGACACAAAAACUAUCCUCUAUUGGAGGCACAAGUGGCCGUCAAUGCGUAUUGGCUGUUCUCAAGUCAUUACUAACAAACGAAUUAGCCAUGCAGUUCAAUUGGGCUGGUAGAGAUAAAAUUGCUUUCCAAAAGACACUGGUGAUGCAAGUUAUUUACGAUGCUGUUAAAGCUACUUUCCAUGGUAAGGAAUUAGUAAGCGAUAUCAAGGAAGCGAAUAUUGCAGCUGCAGUUAAAGAUUGGUUGAAACUCGCUCGAUCGCGAUACUCCUACGUACCUAAAAGACGCCUUCAAUAGUAUCUGUGUUCUCUUCCGAAAUAAUGUGUCAAUACUUUUUCUAACUCACUCUGCCAGGAUUGUGAUUUUUUUUCAAGUCCCAAGAGAAAGCUAACGAUUUUCCUCAUUGAGGUGUAUCCACUGUAUAAUUAGUUUGUUUUAUGUUUCAUUCGUUGUCAAACCACUCGUAUCCGAUACAAGUUUUUGUUUGUUUAGAUUUACUUAAGUUUACUGUAUGUUGUACUUCUAUACUCAAGUCCGGAGUAAAUGAAAGAUAACGAUUUUCCUCAUUGAGGUACAAUCAUUGUAUGAUUAUUUUGUUUCAUGUUUUAUUUGUUAUCAAAGUACUCGUAUCGGAUACAAGUUUUUGUUUGUUUAUAUUUACGUAAGUUUACUAUUUGCUAUAGCUACUAUACUCUUGUGAGUAUAUCUAUGCAAUGUAAGUAUACGUAUUUGUAAAAGACUGUGUGUAUAUUACAUCCCUGUCAACUUUGACGGAUUAGCAGUGAUAUCGAGGAAGUGAAUGCUCCAGCUGCGGUCGAAUAAUAAUUAAAACUUAUGCGUACUGCGUACCUAGACAACGCUUUCUAUAGCGUCUGUGUUAUUUUUUGAAAUAAUGUGCCAAUACUUUUUAUUAUUUUACUUUGUCAGGAUUGUGAUUUUUUACCUAGUCCCGAGAUGAAAGCUAACGAUUUUCCUCAUUGAGGUGUAACCAUUGUAUAAUUAUGUUGUUUUGUGUUAUAUUCGUUGUCAAACCACUCGUAUCCUAUACAAGUUUUUGUGUAUUUAGAUUUACUAAUACUACUGUACUGUUGAUUGUAUGUUGUACUUCUAUACUCAAGUCCGGAGUAGAUGAAAGAUAACGAUUUUCCUUAUUGAGGUAUAAUCAUUGUAUGAUUAUUUUGUUUCAUGUUUCAUUUGUUAUCAAACUACUUGUAUCGGAUACGAGUUUUUGUUUAUUUAUAUUUACUCAAGUUUACUAUUCAAUUGCUAUAGCUACUAUACUCUUGUGAGUAUAUCUAUGCAAUGUAGGUAUUUGUAAAAGACUGUGUAUAUAUUACAUCCCAGUCAAGUUUCACGGAUUAGCAGUGAUAUCAGGAAAGUUAAUACUCCAACUGCGGUCCAAUAUUGGUUAAAACUUGCGUACUGCGUACCUAGAAGACGCCCUCUAUAGCAUCUGUGUUCUGUGUUGAAAUAAUGUGCCAAUACUUUUUAUUAUUUUACUUUGUCAGGAUUGUGAUUUUUUACCUAGUCCCGAGAUGAAAGUUAACAAUUUUCCUCGUUAGGGUAUAAUCAUUGUAUGAUUAUUUUGUUUCAUGUUUUAUUUGUUAUCAAACCUCUUGUAUCGGAUAUAAGUUUUUGUUUGUUCAUGUUUACUUAAUUUUACUAUUUGCUAUACUUCUAUACUCUUGUGAGUACAUCUGUACGAUUGAGGUAUGCGUAUAUGUAAAAGACUGUAUGUUUAUUUAUACAUCCCAGUCAACAUUCACACAGUUACAUCGUUGGCAUAAUAAAAUGUCCGCAUCAACGAUACAGACAAACUGGUAUAUAAAAAACUACUGUUAUGUUUCGGAUACAUUGUUAAAGCGGAUAUUUCGAUACGUGUGCAAUGUAACUAUUGUCAUUGUUGCCUUGGAUGAAAGUACCUUAUAAUAAAUAUAUAUCAUGUUUCGCAAA